AGCUUACGAAAGCGUGAAAGGGUGAGAGAGUUAUUUAAGAAGAGAAGAGGACGGAGUCAAUGACAGAUGUCCCUGUGUCCAUUAAACCAGACACAAACAAACACUGUUGUCCCUCCUCGUCCUCAGGGGACAUGUCUCAGGUGCGCCGGGCGGUGAGUGAAGCUCUGUGGACGAUGUGUGCAGCUGACUCCAUGUCCAUGCCUGUCCACUGGUACUACGACGUCCAGGACAUCAGGACAGACUUCAGAGGCUGGAUAUCAGGGUUCAACUCCCCCAGAGAGAGACAUCCGUCCAGCAUCCUCAGUCUGUCCAACACCGCUGGUAGUGGAAGAACCACAUGGACGUCUGGACAAAAGCGCCCCCCUGUGGUCGGCAGCGUCAUCCUCCACGAUAAACUGCACCUGUGGACAACGUCCAGUGGCUCCGUCCACUAUCACCACGGUCUUCAGGCGGGUGAAAACACCCUGAAUGUCCUCUGUGCCCUCCGAGCUGCCCGGACGCUCGUCUGUGGCGGGUUCACCGAUGUCUCUCAGCGAGACGCUCGAGCUGCCGUCCUGUCAGACUACGUCCACUUCCUGACCACGCCCCACAGCCACAGAGACACCUACGCCGAGUCCGUCCACCGCUCCUUCUUCUCAGACUGGCAGGACAGCAGACCCACCUCGCCCAGUCAAGUGUUGACGUUUGCAGAGAAACGGUCCAAACUGAAGACGAGCUCCUCGUCCUCUGACAGUCAGCUGGACGCCAUCGGUUGCCUUCCCAUGAUCCUCCCCUUCGUUCUCCUGUCAGCUUCGGCCAAUGAGCAGCAGGCGGUCAGUGCUGCAGUGGACUUUGUGAAGCUCACUCAUCCUCACCCCAGAGUUCCUGAGUACGUCUCCAUCUACAGCCGCGCGCUGCACGCCGUGCUAGGGGGCGCCGGCGUGCGCGAGCAGGCCGAGCGCGCUCUGAGGACACUGGAUGUGUGGGACGUCUGUCAAAGCUACAGCCACACGGCCGCCAGGUGUGCUGCGCGGUCUGAGGACAAACUGCAGGUGCAUCAGAGCGCCGUGAGCCGCCUCGGUCUGGCCUGCUACACCAAAGGUGCGCUGUGCAGCCUGUUCUUCCUUGCACACGAGUUUCACGACGACGUCGCAGCAGGAAUCCUCACCAACACCAACUGUGGAGGUGAGAACUGUAACCGCGGGGCGGCGCUGGGAGCGCUGCUGGGAGCAGGCGGGGCCUUCACCGGGGGCGGCAUCCCUCAGCGGUGGAAGGACGAGCUGAGAGACGCUCGGGACUUUGUCCCCGACAUCCUGAAGAGGAUGCCCCCUGCAGGAGAGGGGGAGGAGUUUCAACUUCCUGUUUACAAACACAAGGAAGUUUAACAUUUAAAUCCCCAGAACAAGAGUGUGUGAGUGUGUGUGAUCCUGUGAAGUGUGUGGAUCCUCUGAAGUGUAGAACCUCGUGAUCCUCUGAAGUGUUUUCUAAUAAACUGCUCCAAAAAUCA